AUGCAUCUCAUUGCGGGGUGCUUUGCUACAGCGGUGUCCACACUAGGCAAAACUACGGUCGCGAUGGGACAGCGUGUGCGCAGCGCCCUACGACCUCGAGGAGCAGCCAAUCGCGGCGACGCCCAACGCUGCCGUACUGCACACUGCUACUUCAAUUGUCCGCUCUCACCAAUUGACGAAAUUCGUCCUCCCACUGAGUGA